AAUUCCCAAAGGAAAAAAAAAGGAGGAAGAAGAAUAGAAGCAGCGGGUGUUGGAGUUGGACGGCGAUGGCGGCACGGGUAGCGCUGCGCCGCGCGUUCUCGGCGGCGGUGGCGGCCUCGCCGUCUCCGGGUCUGGGUGCGACGGCUUCACCGGUAGGGUUUCAGCACGGACCCCUCCUCCGGCGCCUCAUCAACUCUGAUGCAUCUGCUGCCCUAAAGAACAACAAGCAUGGCUUUUCUUCAGAAUCUAGGGAUGCUCGAAUGGAUAUCAAGAGGCGUUGUGAGCUGAAGGAACAUGAGUUUUUCCAUCUAGUUGAAGAGGCCUUGAAAACCGCUGAUCCAGUAAAGGCACGCCUUGUUUUUGAGAAGAGAAAAGAGUUAUCUGACCUGGUUCGUGAGUACAAGGCCAACUCAGGGCUCAAGACAGCAAACAGACGUUUGAACUUGGCUGUGAUUAUUUCAGCCGUUGUUUCAGGCUACUUCGUUGCCGGCAUGAUCGCGUCGAAUUGACGAAGAUGAGGUUUAGAAGCACCGGCGAUCGAUAUGAGAAACAUGCAACCAACCUUUAUGAUUAUCCUUGGUAAUGUGUAUGGGCAGCUGUUGUGUAUAAUUAAGCACCUUAAGUUAUCCAACUCUAAUGUAGCUAGCUUCUGUUGAACCAAAGGCUAGAUUUUUAUCUAUUUAUUAUCUUAAAAAAAAAAAGUCCUCGAACGGUGUUGAUAACGUGCAGAGAGGCAGAGACAAACCAGUAACUGUAUGCUGAUACAGGGGAAUUUAACUAUUUGCCACUUUUAGGUUUGGUAAUUAUUUAAAUACCCUUUUAGGUUUA